AUGCAUCGACUUUUUGCUGAGCUGGAGCCAUCUGUAACCGUCACCGAGCAAAACCUGGCAGACCGAGUUCGGUAUAUCUUGCGCUCAAAUACAUUUGAUGUCACCGAACUCGAACGGCUACGACGUGAGGCUGUUCCUUCAUCGGGUGAAAAUGCUGCGGCUGAGGAUGCGGCGCCACAACUUGCUGAGCAAACGGCAAAUGUGGAUGCAGCCGUGAAUACGCCAGUUGUGGUUGAUUCAAACGAUGAUGGAACAGUCGCCCAGGAACUGGAACUAGAGCAAAUGAGGAGUACAUUGGAAGAGGCGAUUGUAGAAACGCGCAGUACGACUCUCGAAAAUCGACCGCGACUUCCCCGCUUAGCCCUAAGCAAGCGGAAUCGGGCUGUCGUGAGGGCUCUGAACCCAAUGCUGGUUACCUAUUUGGAAGCCAGCCGGGACCUUUGCGAUACGGACUCAAUUCUUUUUUGGCGCCGCACUGGCAGUCUGCCGUAUUAUAAGUGCCAAACUUUCCACGGCUGGACGCGCUACUGGACAAAGUAG